UUCUCGCGAUAUUAUGCUCAGGCAUUCUUGUCUUAUAACUGUCAGGUCGCACAGCGUUGAAUCUCGACAACAGCAAUAACAGCGGCGACAUUUGUUCUCGACACGUUUCCUUCUCUCCUCCUUUGAAGGACUUGACAAACCAGCUCCGCGGACUAUUGUGCUAUCAGAUAAGAUGUCACUGUCUGGCUGGGUGUGUGUGGUAACUGGUGCCUCCAGGGGUAUUGGCAGAGGAAUAGCUCUCCAGCUGUCUGAGGCGGGAGCUACCGUCUACAUCACAGGACGCCAGGAGAAGACUCUGAAAGAAACUGCUGCACAGGUGAACGAGAGAGGUGGGCGGUGUUUGCCAGCUGUCUGUGAUUCUACAAAAACCGAAGACAUCGAGCAGCUGUUUGAGAGGAUCAAACGUGAACAGAAUGGCAGACUGGAUAUACUGGUUAAUAAUGCCUACGCAGGAGUCCAGGAUAUCUUCGAAAACAUGGGGAAGAAGUUCUGGGAAACUGAUCCGUCUAUUUGGGAUAGUAUCAACAAUGCAGGACUCAGGGGUCACUAUUUUUUCUCAGUUUUUGGGGCCCGGUUGAUGGUUGCUCAAGGCCGAGGUUUGAUAGUGACCGUUUCAUCUUUUGGGGGGAUGCGGUACCUCUUCAACGUGCCGUAUGGAGUUGGUAAAGCUGCAUGUGACAGGCUGGCAGCUGAUAUGGCUGUCGAGCUGAAAAGCAGAGGAGUGGUUUCUGUCAGCCUGUGGCCGGGAGCCGUACAAACGGAGCUUGUCACUCAGCUUGUAGUGGACAAAGAAGCCCCACAGGGUAUAAAUCCUCAGUUUAAAACUGUCUUCGAACAUGGAGAAACCACAGAGCUGAGCGGGAGGUGCAUUGUCAACCUGGCUAAAGAUAAAAAUCUGAUGUCACUGACUGGGAAAAUACUCCUGACUUGUGACCUGGCAAGGCGCUAUGGAGUGAAGGAUAUUGAUGGGCGGAGCGUGGCUGACUACACUUGUGUAAAAUACCUCCUGAGCCAGUCUCCAUAUCUGUCCUGGCUCUCCUAUGUUGUCCCCUCUUUCAUUCGCGUGCCACACUUUGUGAUGACCCUGGCAAAUAGCAAGUUCUAAAGGUUCCCUACAUCAGUCCUCACAUGGCAUGGUCGGUCAUUUCACUGGCAUAACCAUUACUAUUGGCUAAAGGGUGUCAAGAGGAUUUAUGCUCGACAUUAUUUUUGAGGGAGUACUUAUCCUUUGCAUAUGUACGUACUCAUACACAUUCCAGCUACAGAGCUUAACUGAUUCUAUGAAGUUUGAAGUAAACAAGGUUUGUCUGAAGGAUGUCGAAACAUACCGACUGUUUAACAUAAUGUAGGAGAAGCAAUACAAUGUGAAAAUUGCAAUUUCUUGUUAUAACUAUGUGCAAUUUCCUAAUUACUACACGGAUAUUAAGGAUCUUUUUGAAGCACAUGAAGAAGCAUUACACUUAUUUUUUGCUUUUAUUGAAAUUUUCAUUAAAUUUGUAUAUUCACACACUACAGCUAUUGUAUUCAGCGAGUUAAGGAAGAAAUAACUAAAUAAACCAAUGUAAACCUGC